AUGAAGACCAAACGAAAUAUCCAAGAAGACGAAGACUGGGGCGCUGACGAUGACGAAACCGAGUUGCAGUCGAAUGGAAGCAGCGCCUUUGGACAAAUCAUCGUCUUGGUCAUGGUAGGAUUCAUCCUCCUCAUCCUGACAAAUGUCAUCGAGCUUCAGGGCGACGCGAGUCAACCCACUUCGAGUAGUAGUAUCCAAAAGAUCAACGAGACUGUGGUGAUGACUACAAGUCAUCGACCAAUCGGUCUUACAACGAGACGGAAUCGCAUUCCACAAGAUGUGGUUGUAAAGUCGAAGCCAAACAAUCUUAUGGUGGACGACGAACAGAAUGGCGAUGAUGGGGCGAAUACAAAUGACGAUGUUCAAGCCACGGCAGAUGGUGGUGUAAUUGGCGACGUGAAUACGGUGGUUGAUGCGCCGAUAGGAUCACUUGGUCCUCUUCCCAAUAUUAGCCUGAAAGACGCCUGGCUAAAUGACUUUGCCCGACUGCGAGAAGAGGAACAUUCACGAGGGCGGCAUACCUAUGUACCAAGAGGUCGUCCAAUGGACGAGACGCAACGUCAAACGCUGAUGGAUCAUUGGGGUUCCUGGACACUGGUUGAUAAUAAGGAACGUCCUCUGAACGAUUAUUACACCAAAUACCCAAAUCGGGAUAUUCCACGAUCCGAAUUUCCAGAGAAUGCCUGGCAGACUGAUGCAGAAUACCUUUCCAAAUUGCUUCCAGAAGGUCUUGCACUUGUGGAAAGAGCACAAGAGGCGAUUCUUGCCGAGUAUGGUAAAACCGAGGGAAGCUGGGAGCAAAAAGCCAAGAUGUUCAAGAUUAAACACUUUCAAGACAGCAGCUUGCCGAAAAGUGGGUUAGGGGCAAAAGAAGGUACCGCCCAUUCUUCACUCCGGCAAGGUGGCUGGACCACGACGAAAAGUUGGGCCGGUCUGAAGCGGAGAUUGCUACAUGCCAUCAUGACGGAAGACAAUUUUGUUUUUGCUAUGGGCGGCCAUUCUUCUGCGGCUGGUCAUGGAAAUCACUUUAUACAGUCGUAUACGCUACAAGUGCAAUGGAUAUUGGAGCCAGUGUUCGCUCGAUUAGGUGUCAAGCACGAAGCUCGAAAUUUUGGUCAUGGCGGGCUUGGUACACUUCAAAGUGGCUUGGCGGCUGGAAGCAUAUACGGUCCCGAUGUUGAUAUGUUAAUGUGGGAUGCAGGCAUGACAGAGGGUCUUGAUAAGAGGGCAAUCGCAGUGAUGCAUAGACAGGGUAUUCUUGGUGGUGUAAAAGUUCCAAUACUGUGGUCACUAGCUUCUGGAAUUCUUCGCCAACUCCAUAAAGAUGCGGGUGUCGACAUUGGCUCUCCAGGUUCUGCUCAUGAUGGGAUCCCAAUGAUUAAGAGUCACGAACAAGUAAAAACCAUGCCUUGGGCAAUGCGAGCUGUUAGGUGCACCAACGACCUUCAUAGCAUCUGCCGGAAGGGCGAAUACAUUGGACAGUGUUGGGUUGACCGCGACGACUUUACACCAAAUAAUCCUCAAGGUGAUGCGCCAAAAGGGAGAGCAACAUGGCACCCUGGGAGCCGACGUCAUCAAGUAACAGGACGCGUGAUUGCAUUCACCAUUUUACAGGCGUUGAAGGAAGUUUUGACGGAAUGGAAGGAAGCAGAUGGCUAUGUUUUGGAUGACAGCAGUUGGCAUGUGACCAAGUAUUAUGAUGAUAUGCGAGCCAGAGUAUCCGAUUCCCCUAAUGGAGCAUGCAGUGACCUGAAGAAAGUCGCGCUUGGAUUCGCAUGUAAUCAUCCAGUGAAGGCACGUACAGAAUUCACACCAAGAGCAUAUCCAUCUUCCACAAACUUGAGAAGCAUCAUGCCUCCAGAGAUGCUCGCCCAUAUUACUAAGCCAGGUGGAAACGUCUAUCGAGGCCGAGAUGUCUUCAACCCGGUAUUGCACCCACCGGAAGGAGCGGUAGACGUUUUGUCGAUUGUGGAGGCCGGCGUUGACUUCAAAUCGGUGAUGUUACCAGACUACCGAUGGUUUUACAAAACUCCAUCAAACAGCAAGCCUCCUUUUGACACAAUUGGAAGAGGGAACAAGCUAGCAACUGUAGCCGGAGACGAUUAUUGCGAUGGUACGGUUGACUCGGAAUGCGACAGAUCUAGGUCGAAUUCAUGUUUAUUGAGCGGUCACAACGACAGUCGAAAUGGGAUUAUGUACCAUGGUUACAGUGGAUGGUUGUUUUUCAACAUUCCAGAUCUGAAGUAUGGCUACAUUGUUGCCAAAAUUGAAACUUGGCACUGGGAAGGGAUUGGAAUUGCUGAUACUUGGGAUAAAAUCAAUGGCAACAAGAAGACUGCACCCAAAGCCAAGAACAAAAAGAAAAAGAAGAAGAAAGGUGGCAAACACCGUAGACUAAAGCAAAAACGAAACUACUGCAAAACCUUCUGGUUUGAGUUUUCAAUCAACGGCGAAGUGAAGACUAUGAGUCUUUCCAAGUGGAACACAAAGAUCCACAGCGUUCAACGGGUGGUUGAGACAGUUAGCCUCUUGGCAGACCCAGAAUUUACUGGUGGUGAAGAGAAAGAAGUUGAACUCGGAAUGCGGAUUCGAGGAUGUGGUAAAACAAAGGUCUUCUCGUUGACGCAUUUGUAUUGGUCAUGA